CCGAAACAGAAACCGAAAUUGAAUUGAAACUGAAGUCGAAAUUGAAAUUGAAACCGAAAUUUAAAAUACAAAACGAAAUUGAAUUCUUUGACUGCCUUUCUACGCUCGGACGUGUAAAGUUUUCUUAAUUAGUCGCUUUUGCAACCGCAACAUUAAAUAAAGUCACAAUCAAAAUAAAAAUAAAAACAAAAACAAAAACAAAUACAAAUACGAAUAUCGAAAGAGAAAACAAAAAAACACGAGAGCUCCUUCAAUCAUUUUUGAAUGGCGAUCUAACUCGCUGGAGUGCAGUGCGAAAAUAGAAAAUUUGAAAAUUGAUUAAGUUCAGAUUGGCUAAAGUUUCAUAAUAAUUUGUGUUUUGAUGAGCGCAAGCAUUGAAUUCAUUUUUAUUUAUAAAUAAGCAAAGCGAUUAUUCCGGGCACUCACUUUCAGCUCAUCGGGCACAACUGACAUCACGCAUCACGUCGCUGCCAAAACAUAUUCAAUUCAAUUGAAAUCAACUCUUUGUGUAUCUUAGGCAACGGAAUCGCAAAUGCAAAUGCAAAUCCCCGUAGUCCAACGACGAAUGAAUUGACAAUGACAAAGAGUAUUAAACGUUUCAGUCUCCGUCUCAGUCUCCGCACUUCUAGUAGUUAUGGGGGUAUUCUCCUAACCCAUGUGAUAUUAGCUUGUAUCUCAGCAGCAUUCAGCACGCCGCCAUCAUGCGGCUUAUAUGGUGCGCCGCCUUGCCAAUUUCUUCCAGCGCCGCCGGGACAGACACCCAACUGCGCCAGGCCCGGCAAAACCUACUGCGAGCACGUCGACAACUAUCCCACAUAUCUCAUCAAGAGUCUCGUACGUAAGUGGGGCUACGAGGCGGCCUCUUUGUUGGUCGACGAGACCUGGGAGGAAUUCUCGGCCGUGGCAUGGUCGGACACGCCCGUAUUCUACGAUCCAAAGUCUAUAUUUCCGCAACGUGACUUUGCCAACGGGCAAGACUUCAAUGGCUACAGCUAUCAGACGCCCUUUGGCAGCGUGCCACAGCGCGGCGUAGGCAACUCUCUCUUCGCGCCCAACCCCACAACAAAGACGCCCACCUACCUAUUGUACACCUCGUCAGGCCCUGGUGGGGGCUAUCGUGCAGGCGGUCAGCAACACGGCGGACAUUCCGGAUCCGGAUCCGGAUCCGGAUCGAGGCAUUUGUACUAUAACAACUAUGGCAAAACGCCCUACAAUGCGACACUCUGGUUAAAGCGUCUUGUGCGCGAUCUGAGUCUAAAGCAGAACGCCAUUCAAGCACAGCAAUCGGAGAUGCAGCAGCUCAAGGAUGAGGCUGUGAAAAUGGCAAAGGACGCUAGGGAGGAGCAGGAGGUAAAGAAGCAGCAGAAGCAGGACCAGGAGGGGGACCAGGAGGAGGAGCAGGAGCAACAGCAGGAGCAGCAGAAGCGCAGCAUGCGUGAUGUAUCGCUCAAUAUGGAUCUCUUAGAUAUUGUGGGCGUCAGUGACAACAACAACAAUAAUAAGAAAAACUCACGAGCCAAACGGCAAAGUCCGUCGCGCUCAUCGCUUUGCGAAACAACAUCGCAGUUCAUAACACCUCAAGCUGCUCUCAAUUCCCGCGGCAAUUGGAUGUUUGUUGUCAACGAGGAGAACACCGCACGUCAGAUGGUCAAAGCGGAGCUCUGUGCCUCAAACACAUGCUCGAACCUGUGCGAUCUGCCCAAUGGCUACAACUCCAGGUGCGAGCAGAAGUUUGUACAAAAACGUUUAAUUGCGCUCCAGGGCAACGGCCAAAAUCUGUACACGGACACGUUCUGGUUUCCCAGUUGCUGUGUCUGCACUAUAGCCGCAAAUUAGGGAGCAGCGGAGCACUAGCGAGGUGCCUGGCCAUGGCAGCGACAGAGCGAGUCCUAUUCACACAUCCGAGUAGCCAUUCAGAAUAUCGAGUAUUGAAAUCCGAUAUGAACACGAUUUUUGCAGCGAAUAAUUGAUAAUUAAAUUUUAAACAAGCACACACACACGCACCCACGCACACUGUCAUACACACACA